CUCCGCCGCAGCAGAUCCCUCCCCCCCUCUCUCUCUCUCUCUCUUUCCUUCAAUGGCGUCUCUAGCCUUCACCGCCGCGCCGCUCCCCUCUCUCAGAUCCCGGACCACCUUCUCCAAAUCCCUCUUACUAAAACCGAGUCCGAGGCUCCGAGUCCAAACCCGACCCGGCCCGCUCAGAUCCGCCGCGCUCGGCUUCAACAAAACCCUCAGUCCUCUCUUUGCCUUCCCCAAACUCGCCGACUCCGCCGCUCCCAUCUUCGCCCCCCUCCGUAGCCGCGGCCUCACCGUCAAGGCCGCCGCAACCGGCGGCUCCUCCGUCGCUCCGGCCAAGCAGCCAUGGCAGGGCGCGGCGAUGAAGCCGCUAAUCGCGUCCAUCGCCACCGGAGUGAUCCUCUGGUUCGUGCCGACUCCCGCCGGUGUCACAAAAAACGCGUGGCAGCUACUCGCGAUUUUCCUCGCCACCAUCGUCGGAAUCAUCACGCAGCCGCUGCCUCUUGGCGCCGUCGCGCUCUUAGGCCUCGGAGCUUCGGUCCUGACCAAGACCUUGACAUUCGCCGCCGCCUUUUCCGCCUUCGGCGAUCCCAUCCCCUGGCUCAUCGCCCUGGCUUUCUUCUUCGCCCGAGGCUUCAUCAAAACCGGCCUCGGAAACCGAAUCGCCUACCAGUUCGUCUCCCUCUUCGGUAGCACCUCCCUUGGAUUAGGCUACAGCUUGGUCUUCAGCGAGGCCUUGCUAGCUCCGGCGAUCCCCUCCGUCUCUGCUCGCGCCGGCGGCAUUUUCCUUCCUCUGGUGAAGUCGCUCUGCGUCGCCUGCGGGAGCAAUGUCGGCGACGGAACGGAGAACAAGCUCGGAUCGUGGCUGAUGCUGACGUGUUUUCAGACGUCGGUGAUUUCGUCGGCUAUGUUCUUAACGGCCAUGGCCGCGAAUCCUUUGAGUGCGAAUUUAACGUUUAACACGAUUAAGAAGACGAUUGGGUGGACGGAUUGGGCUACAGCGGCGAUCGUUCCCGGGUUGGUGUCGCUGAUGGUGGUGCCGUUGUUGCUGUAUGUGAUUUACCCGCCGUCGGUGAAGAGCAGCCCUGACGCGCCCAAACUUGCCAAGGAGAGGCUGGAGAAGAUGGGGCCGCUGUCGAAGAACGAGACUAUAAUGGCCGGGACUCUCUUUCUUACGGUAGGGCUGUGGAUAUUUGGAGGAAUGUUAGGUGUCGAUGCUGUUACAGCUGCCAUUCUUGGACUAUCAGUUCUCCUUGUGACUGGUGUUGUUACCUGGAAGGAGUGCUUGGCCGAGUCAGUUGCCUGGGACACCCUUACGUGGUUUGCUGCACUUAUUGCAAUGGCUGGGUAUCUCAACAAAUAUGGCCUUAUCUCCUGGUUUAGCGAAACUGUAGUAAAGUUUGUUGGUGGAUUGGGUCUUGGAUGGCAGCCAGCUUUUGGCAUUCUUGUUCUUCUGUAUUUCUACUCUCACUAUUUCUUUGCUAGUGGAGCUGCUCACAUUGGCGCGAUGUUUACAGCAUUCUUGUCUGUGGCUAGUGCUCUUGGUACUCCACCAUACUUCGCCGCCAUGGUGCUUGCAUUCCUCUCCAACCUCAUGGGUGGCCUGACCCAUUAUGGGAUCGGGUCAGCUCCUGUUUUCUAUGGCGCUGGCUAUGUUCCUCUAGCGCAGUGGUGGGGCUAUGGAUUUCUUAUGUCUGUCGUCAAUAUCAUCAUCUGGCUCGGUGUUGGAGGGUUUUGGUGGAAGUUCAUUGGUUUGUGGUGAAAAUCUGCCGACCUACAAUUUGGUGUUGUGUCUUGACGUUUGCCCGACUCGGAUACAAUUUCCUUUAAUUCUCUUACAUGGAAAUAAUCUUCAAGUUAGGCAGACAUGCGGGUAAAAAGUGGUUCAAAUAGGAGGUUGAAUUAGUGCAGAAAUUAGAAAUUGUACCCCCAAAUUUUGACGUAGCAUGACAGUUUUCUGCAUUUGAUGAUGAUCCUUUGUUUAUGCUUGAAUGUACGCUCAUCAUGUACCACAUUCUUUCUUAGAAGUAUCUCUCGGAUAAUCACAGCAA